GCGGGGCUGCGGCGUCCUGUCUCGGCGGGCACGGAGGCGGCCGCUGCUUCUCCAAGGAGGAGUCCAGAACAUACCUGUAGAGCUGUGGCUUCUCUUUCUCCAAGCUCUGCCAAAGGUAUGUGCUGUUACAUAGCAAUUGCAUGUGACGAGAAGACGGAGUGGAAGUUGCUGUCAGAGGAUCCUGUCCUCCUAAGCUGGGCCUGAAGAGUUCAGCUAGCUGACUGGUACAUAAACAAAAUCCAGAAGUGAAAAAGGCAAGUCCCUCCACCACAAUGAGCUCUGAACACGAAAAAAUCGAUGCUACAAAAACUGUUGUCAACGGGCUGAGCAGCAAUGGACAAGAAAAAGAAAUGGAUCCCACUAAAGUCUGCAGCGGAAAAGGAGCUGUGACCCUCUGGGCAUCUCCAGCCUAUGAAGAGAAUCAGAAUAUCACUUUGUCAUGUCCUCAGGAUGGUGAGCAACCUGAAAGUCUGGAGCCAGAAAACCCAGAAACAGAUGAUUGGAGGUCGUCAGCUAACAGUGAUGCCAAUGGGGAUGCCCAACCAUCUUCUCUGGCUGCCAAGGGUUAUAGGAGUGUGCGUCCGAACCUUUCCUCAGACAGCAAGCCACAGGAUGCCACUGCCACCACCACAGCUCAGCCUGGGGUUAUAGUAGUCCCACUCCUCCAGGUUAAUCCAGACAGACAGCAAGAAGGCAGCUCCAGCACUCCACCACCACCUCUGGUUCCUUUUGGGCAAGGCUCCGUAUUCCCUGAGACUGGUUCUCCUGGCUCACCCUUGACUUUUCCGACUCUAGACGAUUUCAUUCCCCCACAUCUCCAGAGGGGUUGCCACCAUAACCAAGCACCCUCCACAUCUGGCACAUUACCCUCAGUUUACCCGAAACUGCCAUUCUUCUCAUCACCACCUUCACUUGUCCCUCCAGUCACGGGGGCUUUGUGCAGGGGCUUGAAGCCUGAAAUCACUGGAGUCAUCUCACAUACAGACCCAGGUCCUGUGCUAAAUGAAGUGCCCCAGCCUGGCACUGGCACGGACUAUCCAACCUCCUUCACUUCAAUCAACAAGUCUUCCUCUGCCUAUCCUUCUACCACAAUCGUCAAUCCCACUAUUGUCCUCUUGCAGCACAAUCGAGAACAGCAAAAAAGGCUUAGUAGCCUGGCAGAUUCAGUACCAGACAGACUAGUUUCUGAUAAAGUUGAUUCAGCGCCCAUACGGGACAAGCUGGUUCAGGAGACAGUGCCAAGUGAGAAGAGGGCAAUGGAGGAGAAGAGAAGCAUUGUCAAGAGCCCUCAGCACAUGGCUGAUACCUCCGUCGAUGACAUUGGCAUUCCGCUGAGGAAUACAGACAGAUCAAAGGACUGGUACAAGACGAUGUUCAAACAGAUCCACAAGCUAAAUAGAGAUGAAGAUUCUGAUUCAUACUCUCCUCAUUAUUCCUAUUCUGAGGACAGCAGAACCCAGCUUUCAGUUCCCCGCUCCAAGAGUGAGAUGGACAAUAUUGAUUCAGAGAAGGUUGUUAAGAGGUCUGCCACUUUGCCACUACCAAACCGUACUUCAUCGCUGAAAUCAAGCCCAGAAAGGACUGACUGGGAGCCUCCAGACAAGAAGGUGGACACCAGAAAAUACCGAGCAGAGCCCAGGAGCAUUUAUGACUAUCAGCCAGGAAAGUCCUCAGUUCUGAACAAUGAAAAAAUGACUGAUCUAGAAAAAGACCUCUACCUCUACCAGACUGAGUUAGAGGCAGAUUUAGAAAAAAUGGAGAAGCUUUAUAAAGCGCCACAUAAAAAGACACAGAAGAAUACAGCAGGUGUUACUCCUCUGGAAACUUCCACAGACCAUUCUACCUACUCCACAUACUCACCCAACUACCAUGCAGUAAAGAGGGAGUCAGAACCAGCACUGGGGGACCCUGCUGGCUUGGAGAAUGAAAGACAGAUUUACAAGAGUGUGCUGGAAGGUGGAGAUAUCCCGUUCCAGGGGCUAAGCGGUCUCAAGCGACCUUCUAGCUCUGCUUCCACAAAAGAUUCAGAAUCACCAAGGCAUUUUGCACCAGUUGAUUACAUGGAAACUCCAGAAGAAAUUAUCCGCAGACGGCAUGAUGAUAAAGAGAUGAGACCUGCUAGAGCCAAGUUUGACUUUAAAGCACAGACGCUAAAGGAACUUCCUCUGCAGAAAGGAGAUAUUGUUUACAUUUACAAGCAGAUUGACCAGAACUGGUAUGAAGGUGAACACCAUGGCAGAGUUGGCAUCUUCCCACGAUCAUACAUAGAGCUCCUCCCACCAGCUGAGAAAGCUCAGCCCAAAAAGCCAUCACCAUUGCAAGUAUUGGAAUAUGGAGAUGCUAUUGCUAAGUUUAACUUCAAUGGGGAUACCCAAGUGGAAAUGUCCUUCAGAAAGGGUGAAAGGAUCACGUUGAUUCGACGAGUGGAUGAGAAUUGGUAUGAAGGAAAAAUCUCUGGCACCAAUCGCCAAGGCAUCUUCCCUGUCACUUACGUGGAGGUGCUCAAACAGCCAGUGGUCAAGAAUGCCGUUGACUAUCCUGACCCACCAAUGUCCCUCUCCCCUAACCGCAGCAUGACAGUUUCACCACAGCAACCUCAAGCACAGCAGCAAGGAGCCAGCCCUGACAGAAGUCAAACACCACGAGACAUAGUUAGCUACCAAGCUCUCUACAGCUAUACUCCUCAGAACGAUGAUGAGCUGGAACUGAGGGACGGUGACAUUGUCGAUGUCAUGGAGAAAUGUGACGACGGCUGGUUUGUGGGUACGUCCAGGAGAACAAGGCAGUUCGGCACCUUCCCAGGCAACUACGUGAAGCUUCUGUACCUGUAAAAUAACAGUGAUCCCACUGUGACAGCGAUGGGGUUGUUUUCCAGAUGGUGUUUUUAAACAGUGAAGAAACAGACAAUUUAUGAAUGUAAUAGACAAGAGAUGAGAUGUGUUAGGAGGAUGUGGUUUUGUGGUACAGUACUGAGUUGAAUGUGUAGCCCUGCUUCCACGGAUUCAGGGUGUGAUUUGUUUGCUGAAGAAGAGACAGUUUCUGGUUUACAGUGCUGCCUUUGUGUAUUCCUCUCCCCUCCCCAGCAAGACUUCGGGUGAUAAUCUUAAUUUGUAUGGAGUACUUACCUCUGAGAAGGCUUCAGGGAAGCACAUGGUAUAGGUUUCAUUUGUGUGUUGAGCUAGGAUGGAUAGUGCUUUGGGGCAGUGUGCAGUCUGCAGCUGCUCCCUUUCACUGGCAAGGUUCAGGGAGGCCAGGCUUUCUGCCUGGUUUCUGCCUCGCUGAAGACUCACUUUGCUCUGCCUUCCGCUUCCAUAGAAAACCCUUCCUUCAUGUCAUGCACCUUAAGACCCAGUAGAGGCAGAGGACAGCUGAUAUGCUUAAACUGCAGAGCUCUGUGUGGAAAAGGAAUUUGGGACUGGUGGUUUAAUCCAGAGAGGUCAGCCAAAGCAUAAUGCAAAUGCACAAAAAUCCCAAACCCUUUAAUAACAUAUUACCUAUCUCUGCAGGUUUUUUUUUUCUUUUGUGCAGGGUGUGUGUGUGAGUGUAUUGUGUGCAUCAAAACAAACUGAGUCCUCUUUUUUUAAAGAGAAAUGAGCCUGGCUUUGACAUUUAUCUGCACAAAGAAUAGAACCAAUAAACAGAACAUCCGUAAGAGCAAAUCCUGUUUAUGAGUCCUACAGCCGUUCACUUUCUCUGCUUCUUCUGCCCUGUUGCUGGCCCU